AUGGGUUGGGUCCAUAAUCUCACCCACCCCGACCCCCACAGUCACAUCGCACGGGUCAUCGCCGUUUGCUUGGUCUUCAGCAUCAGUGCGGUGAUCGCGGUCGGGUUGCGCUUGUAUAUCCGGUUGCAUACGAAGCGCGCCCUGUGGUUAGAUGACUAUGCCGUGGCGUGCAGUGCGGUGUUGGGGUUGGGUUAUGCCGGAAUCUCGGUGGCCCAAACACGGUAUGGCUUAGGUCUGGACGCGGCUUAUUUCCCGGACGCCAAUGUGGUGAUGUUCAGCAAGAUCCAAUACGCCGGCGGGCCCACGUACAUCCUCGCUAUCCUCUGCUUCAAAGUCUCGCUUCUGACAUCCUACUUGCGGGUUGGGGGUUUCGUGGCCGCGUACCGAUGGGUGAUCAUCGUGGUGGUAGUAGCUGUGGUGUGCAACCAAGUGGUGUUUACAUUACUCUUAACACUCGCCUGCAAUCCAGUCGCGAAACAAUGGGAUACAAAUCUCCCAGGAAAGUGCAUCGACACAGUGGCUUCAUACUAUGCUUUAGCAGGAACAAGUCUCGGCUUCGACAUGCUCAUCAUCGCCCUCCCCCUCCCCGUCCUAUGGUCCUUACAACUCCACCAUUCGCAAAAAGUCGCCCUAAUCGGCCUCUUCGCCCUCGGCUUCUUCAUCACCAUCAUCCAAAUCAUCCGCAUCUUCACCAUCAAAAACCUCAAGACCUACACGGACAGCCAACCGAUCGUCCUGUGGUCCUCCGUGGAAAUCGGUCUAGGAGUAAUCAUCGCCUGCAUCCCUACCUACGGCCCCUACUUCCACGCCUUCGCUUCCACCCUGACAUCUAGUUAUACCUCGCGUCGUCGCAAGCGCCACCCCAGCCAGAGCCAGACUCUAGACCCCACCCGCUCGUACGGGAUGAGCGGCGUGCGUCGCACCCAGCGUAACCAGAGCCGUAUGCUUCCCUCGGAGACGGAUGACCAGGCUGAGUUUUUGGAGCUGGGGGAGGUGAACGCUGGGCGCAACAGACCGUGGGAUAAUGCGGCGGCAGUGACGACGACGAUUGGACAUGGUGAUGGUGACGAGGAGGGGAGCUCGUUGGGGAGUGGGAGACGGAGCGGGAGCGGGAGAGGAAGCGGAGAGGGGGGAAGAAAUAGAAUGGAGGAGGAGAGGAAAGAUGGAGAUGGACCAUUGCAGAUUCAAAGAGUUGUUGAGUUGGAGGUUAGGGUUGAGUAGUUUGCAUUGCCGGUC